CGCAAUAUCGGAAUCACGAGAGUCAACUGCUUGCCUCUCUGCCUUUCGCACGCACGCACGAAAGCACGCACGCACGCACGCCACCUCGCCCGACCACUGCCUCACGAUACCCUCCUCCAACCCUUCCCAACAACCAUUGCGCGACCAUGUUUCGCACCUCAACCCGCCAGCUGGCGCGCUGCUCGAGGCUGCCACUAAGGCCAUUAGCAAGACCAGCAGUUCGGGCUGCCCGCUUCCCCCAAACAGCACCGGCCGCGACCCUCCUCUCCACUCGAUACAACUCGACCAACUCACCGAGACCCGAUGGCGAGAACGAACCACCGAACCAGCCGCCGAAAAAACAGGAUGACGCAGGGAAAUCAAACCAGCCGACGCCCCCGCCCCGGCGGGAGCCGCCUCCAGGAUUUGUCCGCCUGACCCAGGAGGAAUACGCCGAGCUCACCUCCAUCUUGGCACUCCUUCCCUCAAAGCAGCAAAGGGCUGAGCUAGAGGACAUCUUCAAGGACGCUACAGAGGUCGGCGUGCCAGUGGAGCUCCGGGAUAUCCUGCGGUCCAAGAUGAAUGGCCAGCUCACCAUGAGGGACGCUUUGAGAAUCCCCAGGAUAGCGUACCAGAUUGCCUCCAAGAUCGAUGCGUAUGAGAGAUCACAGAAAGGCAACGUACCGGACUUCACCUCGAACAAGCCUGGGGAGGACAAGGAGGCGGGCCAGGACCGGCAGCAAGGGACGGAAGGGGAGCAACAUCAACAACAACACCAGCAGCAGCAGCAGCGACAACAACAACAACAGCAAUCCGGAAACCAGCAGGGGCAGAAGAAGCAAGGGGGCGGCAAGCAGCAACCACCCCGCCGCUUCGACGGGUCUGACGCGCUGACCUGGGCCAUCAGCGCGGCCCUGCUCUACCCCUUUUACUCCAUGUUCUUCUCCUCCGAGACAUCUCGCGAGAUCACUUGGCAAGAGUUGCGCAAGAAUUUCCUGGACAGGGGCUUGGUCCAGAAGCUCGUGGUAGCCGACAAGCGGGUGCGGGUUGAGCUCAACCGCGACGCUGUCCGGGCUAUGUAUCCCGACUCCCAGGCAGCGAACCCGAACUUUGUCUACUACUUCUCCAUCGGCUCUGUCGACGCCUUCGAGAGGCGAUUGGACGAGGCCCAGAACGAGCUCGGCAUUCCGCCCAACGAGAGGAUACCGGUGAGCUACGCCCAAGAGGGCAUGGCCGCCAACCUCAUCAUGGCGUUCGGCCCGACCAUCAUGAUUGUCGGCUUGCUCGCCUGGCUCUCGCGCCGGGCCGGCACCAUGGGCGGAGGUUCCAGCGGCAUGUUCGGAUUCGGCAAGAGCAGGGCCAAGAUGUUCAACCACGACGCCGCCGUCAAGGUCAAGUUCUCCGACGUGGCGGGCAUGGACGAGGCCAAGACCGAGAUCAUGGAGUUUGUCAGCUUCUUGAGGACGCCCGAGCGGUUCCAGCGGCUCGGCGCCAAGAUCCCCCGCGGCGCCAUCCUCUCAGGUCCUCCCGGCACCGGCAAGACGUUGCUAGCCAAGGCGACAGCGGGCGAGUCGCAGGUGCCCUUCUACACCGUGAGCGGCUCCGAGUUUGUCGAGAUGUUUGUCGGUGUCGGUGCGUCCCGCGUCCGAGACCUCUUUGCCACGGCGCGCAAGAACGCGCCCUGCAUCAUCUUCAUUGACGAGAUUGACGCCAUCGGCAAGUCCCGCUCCGAGGGCGGCGGCUUCCGGGGCGGCGGCAACGACGAGCGCGAGGCCACGCUGAACCAGAUCCUCACGGAAAUGGAUGGUUUCAACACCACGGAGCAGGUCGUCGUCCUUGCCGGCACCAACAGGCCCGACAUUCUUGACAAGGCGCUGAUGCGGCCCGGGCGCUUCGAUAGGCACAUUCACAUCGACAGGCCGACCAUGAAGGGCCGCAAGGAUAUCUUCAAGGUGCACCUGCAGAAGGUCCUUACCAAGGAGGACAUGGACUACCUCACCGGGCGCCUCGCUGCCCUGACCCCUGGCUUCGCCGGCGCUGACAUUGCCAACGCCGUGAACGAGGCCGCGCUUAUCGCUGCCAGGGCCAAUGCGUCCAGCGUCGAAAUGAUCCACUUCGAGCAGGCCAUCGAGCGCGUCGUUGGCGGUCUCGAGCGCAAGUCGCUGGUGCUCAGCCCGGAGGAGAAGCGCACGGUGGCGUACCACGAGGCCGGGCACGCCAUCUGCGGCUGGUACUUCCGGUGGGCCGACCCGCUGCUCAAGGUGUCUAUCAUCCCGCGCGGGCAGGGGGCGCUGGGGUACGCGCAGUACCUCCCCUCGAGCGACGCGUACCUGAUGAACACCAACCAGCUGAUGGACCGCAUGGCCAUGACGCUGGGUGGGCGCGUGUCGGAGGAGCUCCACUUCCCGACCGUCACGACGGGCGCGAGUGACGACUUCAAGAAGGUGACGCGCAUGGCCACCACCAUGGUGACGCAGUGGGGCAUGUCGGAGAAGCUGGGCCCGCUGCACUACGAGAACGACCAGAACCAGCUGCACAAGCCGUUUGCCGAGGCGACGGCCCAGGCCAUCGACGCCGAGGUGCGCCGCAUCGUCGACCAGGCGUACAAGCAGUGCAAGGACCUGCUGGUGGCCAAGAAGAAGGAGAUUGGCAUCGUGGCCGAGGAGCUGCUGCGCAAGGAGAUGCUGACGCGCGACGACCUCGUCCGCCUGCUGGGACCCCGCGAGUGGCCGGAGAAGGAGGAGUUUUCCAAGUUCUUUGACAACCGCCACGGCGAGAAGAGCGCCCCGCCGCCGUUCCCUACGGAGAACACGGACGAGUCGUCGACGCUGUUGGACGAGGACAAGAAGACGCCACCGACCGAGGGCGAGAGGUGAGACGACCGCGUGGUUUGAUCGCGAGAAUGCGAUAGGAGAAGAAGGAAAGAAAGACGUGGGGGGCAGAGAGGGCGGGGAAAAAAAAGGGGGGGGAGAGAAGAAGAGAAUAAGGAUAGAUGGGA